CGGGUGGCUCUAACAGCGCCAAGGACGCGAGACGAGGCGUCUCACUGCCGCCGCCGCUAUAUGCCGCCGGAACUUACCUCUACCUUACCCACCACAGUCCACACCUCACAUCACUCCUAUCCACCUCACCUCCACCAAACCCUCAAAAAACUUACCCACCCGACGACACAUACGCAAUGGCGUCCACAGAUUUGUCAUGGGUGGACAGUGCAUUCCCUUUGCCAUCCCAACAAAAGCUCAAUGCGUCCGUACGCGCCGCGAUCGCCAAAGACCCCAAAUCCGCCAGCCUCUUCACUGACAUCGGCGCAUAUAUCCAGAGCCUCCGCAACGAUCCGAACACUGCGGAGCCGGUAGUGAAGAAACGGAAGCUCGACACACCACGCGACUCGCCAGCACCACCGGCACAGUCCAUGGCGACGACAGUCCUCAAGGUGGAAGGCAUUAGCUUCAGUGUUCCGCAGAGGAAGAAGUUCAACCUCGUUUUCACCACGGCGGGGGUAAAUGCCGUUACCGCGGCCGGUGAUGUGGAGUUUGGUUUGCUAUAUGAUGAUAUCGACUACGCCUGUUGUCUUUCCGUUCCUGAUAAGGCCAUGCGACAAUGGAACUUCUGCCUGCUCCCUGUUGGAGCGGACGGGCUUCCGGGGAGCACAAAAGACGCGCUUGUGUUUACGAUUCCCGACGGGGCACCAAAGACGGCGAGCGGCGAUGCGAUGGGGAUGGGAUACGAUACUACAACGUACCGGACGCUGCUGGUGGAUCUUUUCAAUGCGCAAUUGAAGCCGAGUAAGUCGAAGAUCUCAGCAGUUGAGGAGCCCAAGGUCGGCGUAUUCUUCUCAACGGUGGUGCAGAGCCAUCGGAAGGGCGAGAAGGCGUUUCAUAUUAAGGCGCAUCGGGGGAAUAAAGAAGGCUACCUCUUCUUCCUCCAACGCGGCAUCCUCUGGGCUUUCAAGAAACCGCUCAUGUACUUCUCCUUCAGCGACAUCGACUCCGUCUCCUAUACCUCUAUCACAAAGCGGACCUUCAACCUCUCGGUGCGAGUACAGGAGGACCGUGGCGGUGGCGAAUUCGAAUUCUCAAUGAUCGACCAGGAAGACUAUCCUGGUAUCGACGCCUACAUCAAGGCGCGAAAGCUCAACGACUCAUCGAUGGCAGACACGCGCCGCGCAAAGCACUUCAACGUCAACGGGAAAGCCGACAGCGACGAAGUUGGAGAUGGCAGUGGGAUGGGAGAGCUCGAGAAGGCGCUGUACGAUGCUGAAGACGAGGAGGAGGAGGACUAUGUCCCCGACGCCGAUGGAGACGAUGAUGGAAGUGCGAGCGGGAGUGACGGCAGCGAGAGCGAUUCCGACGCCGAUGAGAAUCAUGAGAUGGAGAGUGAUGGAGAGCAGAGCGUCGACCUUGAGGAUGAGCUUGGCUCGGAAAUGGAGGAUGUUGAGCCUGACGAGCCGAAGCAGAAGAGAAAUAUUAAGGGCUCAAGGUCUUGAUUACUACGGCUAUAAUACGACGCCACCAAGACGUUAGAUGAAAUGCGUUUACGUUUAUAAUGAGAAUGAAUGCAACGAAGCGGCACUUU